CCCCAAUACACGCCAAGCAGAAGAAGAAGCCAGAGCCCGAGGUCCUGAGGCUGUCCCAGCAUGAGGAGCGCACCGCCGGGGAUGGAGAGGAGGAGGAGGACAUGGAGGAGGAAGAGGAGGAGGAGGAGGAGGAGGACGUGGAGGAGGCAGAGGAUGCACUGGAGCUAGAGGAGGAAGGAGAAGGAGGAGGAGGAGGAGGGGACGAAGACCGGGAGUCCAUGGACCUGGACGUACCGGAGGUGAUCCCCGAGCACGAGGAGCAGAGGGAGCGGGAGCAGGAGGUCGGCGUGGAAACAGUGGAACCGGUCAAAGUGGCCACGCUGGACGACAUGGCCAAGAGGAUCAAGGUAGAGGAGAUCAGCCCUGCCUCCGGCCUGGUCUCCAUCCUGAAGAGACGCGCUUCCCUGGAGGGAGCCUGUGCUGCCCAGCCUGCCCCCAAACCCAAGGCCCUCACCAAACGCAAGGUCCGCUUCAGGGAGCCUGACGACGGCUUCGAUCAAGAUGAAGUAAGCGGCGACUCUUGGUUGCUCCUCCUCCUCCUGUGUCUGGCUACCGUGGUGAUCAGUGUGGGCGGGACAGCGCUCUACUGCACGGUGGGCGACGCCCAGUCCACCAUCUGCACGGACUUCUCCCACAACAUGGACUUCUACGUGGGCCAGGUGCAGCGCGGCGUGACCGAACUCAAACACUGGUUCUCACCCAGCUCCUAGCGUGGUGGAUGCCGCAGAUGGACCUUCAGAGACUGUGUGUGUGUGUCUGUGUGUGGGUGUGUGUGUGUGGAGGGCAAGUUGAGGCCCUUUCUCUAAAUGUUUUUAAAGACACUGAACUGCCCAGUAAGUGGUGUGCCUCAGGGUUAGCAUGACCAGGCCGAUCCCUAGCGGCAGCACCCAGCAGAAGCAUCUUGACUGCCGUCAUGGUAACCCGGCAGGCUGAGGCCCGCGGCAGCCCCCGAGCGCCCCCUGCUGUCUGACCGCUGUAAAGGCAUGAGUGGGUUCCUGAGGUGAAGAGAAUGCUACCAGGAGGACGGACCACAGGCUGCUUGCCGAGCACGACACGCACACAAUCACCUCGACGACGCCCCGCUUCACGGAGGGGAUGCCACACGCAACCACAGCAACGCUCAGCAGCAAGCAGCUGAUUGGCAGUUCCAGAUUGACGCAGCUAAAUGUUUACUGCCACCACCAAAACCUUGAAAUGGACAUUCUGAUCAGUUCAGAUCUGUAAUUUUUGUUUGUUUUCUCUCUUUUUUUCUUAAGACUUCAUUGUUUUUAAACCUUAAUCCAGUUUUAAUGGAAGGCUUACAGGCAUUGGCUUUGACCAGUGCCGUGUCUGAGAGUAGCAUUGUCCACUUAUUUACACGUGACUACAGCAGGGACGAGGAAAGCAAUAUGUGUGUGUUUAGAAGAAUGUUUUUGAUGCUGUUUCUUAAACAUGGGUCUGGUACUAUAGAUGGGGUAUAUGUUAAUAUAGAAGUGGUGAAUACACACCACCGGUUCAGGUCUGUCUUUAUCAGUAUGCUUAUUAUCAAUGUGAUUGACAGUGUCGGUAAGAAGAAAGCAUAAUCUUCGGUCCUAUGUCUAUGUAUGCUAUGUAUG